CUUUCCAAUACGAAGUGGAGCUGAUGCCCGACAGCAAACAUGUAUGCCUGACCGAACAAGUCGAGGAUCUGGGGUUUGUGCUUUGGGCAUCUUUCGGGGCGCUUACCAAAGAAUGUGGGUAGUGAUCGCGGCACGUUUCGACGCGAGGGGUGGUCAGCUCGCCGUCAAUGGCGUAAAAGCUAAAAUUUGAGUAGGAGAAACCAGCCGUGGUUGAGAAGGUUGAAUCAUAUAUAUACCCUACUGGAGUGGACGUACCGCAUGUUGGGUAUACUCUAGAGAGUGUUAUACCGAAACAAAUAUCACCCCAUUCUGUUACACGCAGCUUGUUCCAUUGUUAUUCCCCGCACCUCUUUCACCCGGUGACACCAUGGAUAUUGCAAUCAUAGGCGUCAGUUGCCGCCUACCAGGCGGGGCCAAUGACAUGCAGAAGCUGUGGAAGAUGCUGGCAGAAGGUCGCAGCGCCUGGGGCAAAAUUCCGAAAGACAGGUUCAACUCUGAGGCCUUCUAUCACCCUGACCCGGAUGUCAACGGAAGUGUCAACACACAGGCAGGACACUUCCUUGACCAUGACGUGUCUCAAUUUGAUGCUUCGUUCUUCGGGAUUUCCCCAAGCGAGGCUCAGACAAUGGAUCCUCAACAGCGUCUCCUUCUUGAGAGCGCCUACGAGGGGCUCGAGAAUGCAGGGAUACCACUGCAAAGUGUAGCUGGAUCGAAGACGGCCGUCUACGCGGCCAUAUUCUCCCGUGACUACCUCUCCAUUCUGAGCAAAGAUACGGCCGACAUGGGAAAAUACUACAUGACCGGUGUCGGUGACGCCAUCCUGGCUAAUCGAGUGUCUUACCUAUUCGAUCUCAAGGGGCCGUCUGUCACUUUGGAUACCGGUUGCUCUGGUAGUUUGGUCGCUAUUCAUCUAGCCAGUCAGAGUCUCCGCUCGGGGGAAUCCGAUCUGGCCAUCGCUAGUGGUGUUAACCUUAUUCUGCACCCGGAUCAGAUGAUUCCAAUGAGUCUCAUGCAUAUAUUGAACAACGACGGAAAAUGUUAUACGUUCGAUUCACGUGGCUCGGGAUACGGUCGUGGUGAAGGCGUUGGGACACUCAUUCUCAAGCGACUUGACGAUGCCAUCAGAGCGGGCGACAACAUACGAGCCGUGAUUCGAGGAUCCGGGUGUAAUUCUGAUGGAAAGACAUCAGGCAUUGCGCUACCCAAUCAGAUCGCGCAAGAGGACCUUGCCCGUUCCGUUUACGAAUCGGCAGGGCUGGAUCCCAUGCAGACACCUUACAUUGAGGCGCAUGGUACAGGCACGGAAGCCGGAGAUGUCAUCGAGAUGAAUGGCAUAGCCAACGUGUUCACAGAUCAGAUGAGAUACAGUCCGUUGUACGUUGGGUCGAUUAAAUCUAAUGUUGGACAUCUGGAAGCUGUUAGCGGAAUAGCUGGUGUCUUGCGGGCCAUCCUCAUCCUUGAGAAAGGAAAGAUACCACCACAGCUAAACCUGAAGGAGUUUAAGAAGGAUCUACCUUUGGGUGGCGCCAAUUUCAAAGUGGCACUGGAUCUCGAGGACUUUCCCGCCGAUACGAUCCGCAGGGCCUCUGUUGCCUCGUUCGGCUACGGCGGCACUAACAGCCAUCUGAUACUCGAGCAAUAUUCGGCAAAUCGAAGCAGAUAUCUACAAGCACCUCGUACUUACACGAACCCCAAACUCAUUCAUGCCGCGGUCAACGGUCUCUCGAACGGUCUGGCUAAUGGCCAGGCUAAUGGUCAGCCAAAACAGUUGUCGAAUGGGCGCGCCAAUGGCUUGAAAAAAAAACUCGCAAACGGUUCAUUGAAAGCAUAUUCUGCCGCUCAAAGGCAAUACCUUCUUCCACUUUCGGCGCGAUCCGAGUACUCCCUCAAGCAAAUGGUGAAGGACCUCGCAGACUGGACGCUGGAAAACCCAGACGCUCUUGAAGAUCUAGAGUAUACUCUCAGCUCUCGGCGCUCCAAAUGGCAAUGGCGAGCUAGCGCUGUCAUAUCCUCACCUGAUGAACUCACAGGAGCCUUCAAGAACAAUGCAUUCAAACCAUAUCGGGCACCUUCCGGUACUCGCAUCAUGUUCUUGUUCACUGGCCAAGGCGCUCAGUGGUAUGCCAUGGGCCGGGAACUCCUUUUCUCUUCGGAAGUCUUCGCGAAGUCGGUAGCCAGGUCAACGGGAAUACUUCGGUCGCUUGGAGCUUCCUGGGAGCUCCGUGAGGAGUUGCUAAGGGAGGAGUAUAAAUCACGCGUAAAUGACGCUGCGAUUGGUCAACCGGCGUGCACAGCCCUUCAGAUUGCACUGGUAGACCAUCUCGCUUCCAUCAAUAUCAUUCCAGAUGCUGUGCUUGGACACUCGAGCGGUGAAAUUGCAGCGGCUUAUGCUGCUGGAGCCUUGAGCCACGAGACGGCCAUAGCAGUGUCCUAUCAUCGAAGCUUCCUCUCACAGAGAAGCCAAGAGGUUGUACAGCAUCCAGGCUCCAUGGCGGUUGUGGGAAUGUCUGAGGAGGAAGCUAUCAUUGAAUGCGCUAAGCUGAAUACGGGCCUCGCUAGUGUAGCUUGUCUGAACGAUCCGCAGAGCACUACUAUAUCUGGCGAUGAGGUCGCGAUUGAUGAACUUCUUGCGAACCUGGACCAAUCAGUCUUUAAGCGAAAGCUCAAGGUCGAUACUGCUUACCACUCAUACCAUAUGGAAGCAGUUGCACAAGAGUAUCUAUACUCUAUGCAUGGCCUGAAGACCCAUUCCAAGAAACCGCAAGUGCAAUUUGUUUCUUCCGUAACUGCCAAUAUCAAGGGCGACGACUUCGGGCCAGCAUAUUGGGUUGAUAACUUAGUCUCUGCAGUGCGCUUCUCGGACGCACUACAAAACUAUUGUCGAAAACAAUAUGCCAGCGCUCAGGCAACACUCAACCCAAUCUCCCACCUGUUUGUUGAGAUUGGACCGCAUAGUGCCCUGGCAGGCCCAUGCAAACGAACAGUACAGAGCUUGAAGCUUGAUGCAUUCCCGUAUUCUUACGUCUCUGCCCUUGUGAGAGGGAUCAGCGCUGAUCGCUCUGCUCUGGAACUGGCUGGAAAGCUCUUUGAGCAGGGCUCUCCUGUAGAUCUCGCGGCCGCUGUCGCUUCUUCUGGCACGCAGCCCAAGGUCAUCGCCAAUUUACCGUCCUAUGCAUGGGAUAAGCGAACCUCAUACUGGCACGAGUCGCGAUUGAGUAGAGAGCAUCGCCUUCGUACUCAUCCGCCACAUGACUUGCUCGGAGUGCGGAUGGUAGGUAACAAUCCUCAGGAGCCAGCGUGGCGGAACAUCCUCUCACUUGACGCCCUUCCCUGGUUAAAGGAUCAUAUCAUCGAUGGCGAGAUAACCUUCCCGGGUACUGGCUAUAUCACAAUGGCUGUGGAGGCCAUCUGCCAGCUCCGGAGCGAUUUCAACUGGCCCAAUGCUCGCCAGUACCACCUUCGAGAUAUCGAAUAUACCAAGACAUUGAUCAUCCCAGAGUCACCCAAGAGCAUCGAAGCAACCCUUCGUAUCUAUCGACCGAGGAAUUCGAGUGACCGUUCAUCGUCCGGAUGGUAUAGCUUCCAGAUCAGCUCGAUUCCAGAUGGAACCACGUGGCACGACCACUGCACGGGCGCAAUCAUGAUCGAGUUUGAAGCUGGCGACAGUGAUACUCGUCCCGAAGACGCGUUCAAUAUUGAGAAAGCGAACGAAGCUCUCGAGACGGCAAAAGGCCAGUGUGCAACAUCAGCACCCGCGAGUACCUUCUAUGACGAUCUCGCGAGCUUUGGAAACAAGUACGGCCCAAAUUUUGCAGUGUUACGAGAUGUGUUCACAGGCCAGGAUGUGGUUGUUGGCACCAUCGAGACUCCCGAUGUUGCCGCUUGCAUGCCAAGCGGGGUUCAACAACCUCACGUGAUCCACCCCGCCACAGUCGACGCACUCCUGCAUAUGCAAAUCCCCCUGUUCAUGCAACAUGGCGGCAGCAGCUCUGUUGUUCCCACCCGCAUCGAGCAUGUCAGCAUAUUGGCGAAGACCGCCCACAACCCAGGAGAUCAGCUCUUUUGUUACGGGCAUCUAACCUAUCAGGGAUCUCGCACUGCCAAUGCUGAGGCUGUGGCCCUGCAGCUCGGCAACGAGGGAAGAUUAAUUCCAGUCAUCAAGAUCUCAGGCGGAGAGCUUCGUGCUAUUGGUGAAACUAUUGAUACGGCAGCCGAAAGCCAGGACGGCGAGCAUAUCAGCAUACUGCAAUGGGGCGAGCAUGUGGACUUCUUGGACCCCAAGAUCCUGCAAACUCCUGAAUCCCAACUCGUACGCCAAGAGGGAUCCCUUUCGCUGGAGGAAAAGGAAGUGCUUUUCACGAAGCUAGCCACUUGGUACAUCAACCAAGCCUUGCACAAGAUUCGUGAAAACGGUCUCAGCAUCCCAGACACUUACGAGAAAUGGUAUUAUGCUUGGAUGAAGCGUUAUGAUGCUUCUGAAGAUGCACAAGCCAUUAUUCGGGCGCUGACCGACGAGCAAUUGGAGGCGGACCUUCAGGUUGCAUCAGAGGUCGGCGUAGAAGGCGAGACGUUGGUACGCCUAGGCGAAUCGUUGGCCGACAUUGCGACGGGCCAGGUAUCAUCUCUGGAUGUUUUUCUAAAGGGUGACCUGUACUACCGAAUGUACUCGAUGGAUCCUUCUUUGCAGUGUGCAAAGUAUUUGAGCGAGUACAUCAAGCAUCUGUACCAUGAACGAGGUCCCCUGAGCGUGCUUGAAGUCGGUGCUGGUACAGGUACCACCACCAAGACGCUUUUCGAAGACAUGCGCCGUGCUGGAAUCAUGCCGUUUCGCCGCUAUGAUUUUACAGACAUUUCUUCUGGAUUUUUCGAGCCGGCCGAAAAGGCAUUCGCGCAGCACGCCGGCCUCAUGCGCUUCAAGACAUUCAACGCAGAGAACGACCCCAGAAUACAAGGCUUUGAAGAGGGCGCAUAUGACCUAGUCAUCGGUGCAAACGUCAUUCAUGCGACCAAGAAGCUGAACGAGACUCUAAACAAUGUACGAACACUCCUGAACCCCGGAGGUCGCUUGGCCAUGAUCGAGGUCGUUCGCGUGACACCGGCAUAUAACGCUACAUUCGGUGCCAUUCCAGGGUGGUGGAACGGAGUGGAUGAUUCAAGAGAAGAUACCCCUCUACUCAGUAUUGACAAGUGGCACGAGCGACUUCUGGGUAGCUCUUUCAGUGGCGUGGAACUGGCACUGCGUGACUCGGAAAGCCCGGCAUGGAUGUCUGCAUUGAUGAUCUCUAAGGCGCCUUGGAGGAUGUCACCGAAUAAGCCAAACAUCCGACUAAUCCUCAGCCCAUACUUGGAUUUCGCGACCUUGACCAUGGCAGACGAACUCAUGCAUGUUUUGUCAGAGCAGGGCUGCCCCACGUCGAUUGUACCUUUUUCAACUGAUGUGGAAGACGACGGGGUAAACGUUCUUAUCGACUCGGGGAGGAAGCCGCUUCUUCUGGGCCCUUCAGAAGCAGAGUUUGAAAACAUCAAAGCGCUAGUCACGCAAAGCUCAAACGUGUUUUGGGUCUCGGCACAGGGAGACCUCAAGGCCAUCAAUAAUCCAGAGAAGGCUUUCGUUACCGGCUUUUCACGAACAGCCAGAUCCGAAUACCCUCGACUGAAGAUGACUCUGUUAGAUGUACAGCAGGACAUCUCAUCUGAUAGGGAAAUGGUUGUCAGUGCUACUGUUGACAUCCUCCUUCGGUCCUUCUGCUCGGAGGAUGCUCUUCCGUCAGAAAACUUCGAGUAUGCAAUCAGAGACAACCGCGUGUUCACACCUCGUUUGGCCAUGAACAACAAACUGAACAAACUAGUUUCUGGCUCUAAAUCAGCUACCAUGGCUGAGGUCGAGGUCCCUUUUCACCAGCCAGAUCGACCACUUCGGCUUCAUGUCGAGAAGCCCGGCUUGUUAGAUACGAUGGUCUUCGUUGAUGAUGAAACGAAACAACUUCCGUUGCCUGAUGAUCAAGUCGAGAUUCAGGUCAUGGCGUGUGGCAUCAACUUCAAAGAUGUUUUCAUCGCUCUCGGACAGAUGAAAGCAACUACCAGAAUGGUUGGCGAGUGUUCAGGUAUCAUUUCCGCGGUCGGGGCAAAUUGGAGGCAUGAGUUUAAAAUCGGCGAUCGUGUAUGCGCAUACAACGGUACCGCCUACUCCAGCCGUACACGUGUCAGCGGAUAUACGGCGAAUCACAUUCCCGAUUUCAUAUCCUUCAAUACUGCCGCCAGUAUCCCUGUUGUGUUCGCCACGGCACAUCGUAGUCUUGUCGAUGUAGCCAACUUGCAGAAAGGGGAGUCCGUCCUUAUUCAUGCAGGCGCCGGAGGAGUCGGUCAAGCGGCCAUCAUUAUUGCACAGCACAUUGGCGCCCAAGUUUUCACCACAGUUGGUAGCGAAGCCAAACGCCGAAUGUUGGUUGAGCGAUACAAUCUUCCAGAGGAACACAUCUUUUCGAGUCGUGACCGGUCCUUCAAGGACGGUGUAUUGCGAUUGACCCACGACAAUGGCGUCGAUGUGGUACUCAACUCCCUUUCAGGAGAAGCGCUUCAGGACAGCUGGGCCUGUAUCGCGAAGUUCGGGACGUUUGUGGAGAUUGGAAAGGCCGAUAUAUACCGCAAAAGCUUGAUCAGCAUGCAUCCUUUCGACCAGAACGUUACGUUCGCAUCUGUUGAUCUUGUCGUCAUGGCAGACUUUAGGCCGAAGAUCAUGAAGGUACUGUUGAACGAGGUCAUCGAAAGGUUCGCAGAUGGCCGCUACUCGCCCGUCUUCCCGAUUACUAUCAUGCAACUUGGCGAGAUUGAAAGCGCUUUCAGAUUGAUUCAGAGUCGUAAGCAUACCGGGAAGAUAGUACUGUCAUCAGACGCGGAAGUCACGGUUCGAGCGACUACACCGAAAGUUCGAGAAGUACAGCUUGAUGCGAACGGAACAUAUGUUCUCGCGGGAGGUCUUGGUAGUGUCGGAAAGUCUUUGAUGCACUACAUGGCCUCACACGGAGCGAGAACAUUCGCUGUCCUAACCCGACGAACUUUGAACUCUGAGCAGCUUCGCGACCUCGAUGAAGAAUUUGAGGGCAUUGGAGCAAGAUUGGAGGUAGUGCGCUGUGAUGUUUCCAAUAUUGAGGAGGUUCGAGAAGCUGUGCGCGUAAUUUCUAGUAGUUUGCCACCAAUCCGUGGUGUUGUGCAAGCGGCGGUGACACUCGUGGAUCGUGUCCUUGAAACAAUGGCUAUCAAGGAUUGGGACAAAGUCUUACAGUCAAAGCAUGUUGGCACACAAAACCUGGCCGACGCGUUCCGAGAUGCAGCCCCCGACUUUUUCCUCAUUUUGUCAUCUUGCGCUGUUAUUGGAGGUACCCGUGGUCAAGCCAACUACAAUGCGGGCAACGCCUUCCAAGACGCUUUAUCUCAGAUGUCGCCGAGCUCCAACUGCAACUACUGCUCUUUGAAUCUGGGUCUCGUCAUGGAUUCUCAGAUUGGUUCGCAUCAGGAGAGUAUCCAGUCGCUUCUGCGACAAGGUUGUAUCCCAGUCACUCCUGAUGAAUAUUUGGCACUCUGCGGUUAUAUGAUGAGUCCACAGGUUCGCAAGGACGGCUACCACCACAUAUCCAUGGGAUACAACCGCGCCUCAAUCUCUGGCAAAGAUGAUCUCUUCACACUUCGAAGCUCUCUAUUCAACCUGUUCCCGUACGCAAAGGAGCAAGAACUUAGCGGAGGCCAAGGUGGAGACAAACGUAAGGAUGUUGAGGCGCUCAUCGCCUCUGCUGACUCUGUUGAGGAGAUGCAGGAUAUCAUCUCGGACGCCAUCGUGCAUAAAAUGUGGGCUCUGGUCGCCAACGACAAUAUCGACCUGGAUUCAGAGAUCGCGGAUCUUGGAGUAGACUCCCUGAUUGCCAUAGAGCUUAAAAAUUGGUUCAACAGGGUUUUCAAAGCUGCGAUCCAGACCAGCGAGAUUCUAGAGAGCCCCACGUUACGACAUCUGGCUGCUCGGGUCGUGGGGAAAACAACACUUCGUCCUGGGCAUGGGAAAACCGACAAGGGAGGGGAAACCGUCGCGGCACCACCAAAAGACCAAUCGGUAGCGAGCCCCACGGAAGUAGUCGCUUCAAAGCCGCGUCGAGAGCAGAAUGGGGUUAAUGGUGGAUUGGGGAGGGCUACCGAAACAGCUCGCUCUGCCAACGGAACUAUCACGGCAAUGCAAGACAAUGACAGCCUCUUAACCCUACCCCUUCCGACACUCGAGGACACUUUCGACUCGUUCAUGGAGACUGCUAAAGCUUUCGGAUCGGAAGAAGAGUUACGGCGAACUAGAAUGGCUAUAGAAGAUUUCAAGAAGAGUGGUGGAAUUGGUCAAAAGCUCCAAGCGCGGCUCCGCGAAAAGGCUGACGAUCCUCGUACUAAGAACUGGCUGGGUGACGUUUACGCCGCUAGCCUCUGGCUUCAACCACGCAUCCCCGUCCGCCCAAUAUCGACCUUCUUCGUGAGUCAUGCACUAAGCAAGUGGCAGCAUGGCCAAGCGGAGCGAGCUGCCCUCGUAUCCUUGACAGCAUUCAAGUAUAAGCAAGAGCUAGAUCAGGGGACUGCUGAAGUCGAAUACUACAAUGAGCAGCCUCAGUGCAUGAGUACCCAUCGUUGGCUUUUCAACACAUACCGUCGACCGGCCCUUCCCAUGGAUGUUCCGGAGAAGCACCCUGGAAACAACUUUGUAGCUGUUUUGCGGCGCGGUCACCUUUUCAGGAUUGAUCUCGCGAAAGAUGGACGCGUAAUCAGUUUCAGUGACCUUCGUCAAACCUUUGAAGCGAUCUUAAAUGAGCCCUUGGAUGGGAUCUCAUGGGCGAGUGUGUUAACGACAGAUGAACGGACUAGCUGGUCGCAGAUUCGCGAAUUGGUGCGCGAGAACAAUCAGGAAUAUCUUGAUGUGCUCGAGGAAUCCCUGUUCAUUGUUAGCCUCGAUGAAGGCUCACCAUCAUCCUCGCUUGAGCGGGCCAAAGCUUUCGUCAUCGACGACAACAUCAAUCGCUGGAAUGACAAGCUGCUUCACCUCAUUGUCAUGACUAAUGGCGUAUCGGCCACAUAUGGCGAGCACUCUAUGAUGGAUGGCCCUACAACGAACCAACUGAAUCGUCGCUUCGAGGCUGCAAUUUUGGGUCACCAACGAGAGGCAGCUCCCAAAGGCAUCCUCCCUGGUAGUACACCGUUACCAUUUCACUACAUUCCCUUCAAAUCGAACUUCGAGAUUAAUUCUCAUAUCGAUCGUUGCCGUAUUACAUGGAAGAAAUCGAUAGCGAACGCUAAGCAUGACUCGUUCACACUCAAGACCUUCGGGUCCUCGUAUCUGCAGGCGCAUCGUAUCUCAGCAAAAUCGGCGCUCCAAAUCAUGAUCCAAAUGGCAGCGCGUAAGGUCUUUGGACAAAACAUCCCGUCAUGGGACCCGGUUCUCAUGCGACACUUCCAUCACGGGCGUCUUGAACUCAUUCAAGUAGUCACACCUGCAGUGGCUCACUUCUGUGAGACCGCCAGCGAUUCGAACAUUGCAUUGUCGACUCGCAAGAAGGGUUUCGUCGAGGCGGUCGCGAGCUACACGAAUGCGAUCAUUCGUGCCGCGCAAGGCAAGGGUUGGGACCGACACAUGCAUGCCUUGCGCUUCGUCUUGCAAGAUCGCGAGGAACGACCCGCUUUCUUUGAUGAUGACCUGUACACGCGUACUAGGCCGGGAAAGCUGAUUACGAGCUACACAGCUGUAAGCGGGGAUCCUGAGAUGGGCAUCGUCUGGAAUGACCCCGAGGUUUACUAUGUUCAUUUCGAGCCGCAUGACAAUGAUUGCCGUUUAGAUAUAUCGCAUGGCUCAGGCAGGUUAGAUGUUUUUUGGAAAGCGUUCGUCGAGUCAGCGGACGUGGUAAAGGAAUUGUUGGGGCCGGCGCCAGUCAGACAGCAACAGAAAGAGGCCUAGGCAGAAAAGUAGGAAGGUUCUCGUAGUUACGGUGGUAGUCUAGCGUUUGUAGAUGUAGUGUUUCAUGUGUCACUGUGACAGCUAAUCUGGUAGUAUUCAAAAUGAUGAUGAACACAUUGUCAGUUUCAUUUUCAUUAGACUCCAAACUCUAGUGUUCACGGAGGACUUGGUGUGCAUGUCCAGCCCGGGUGCUCUUGAGGUAAAGAUUCGCAUGCUCUUCGUUAG